AUGGCUCCUAGGAAAUUUGGCGAGUUCAAUGGCUUGGAGGCCGGUAUGAAAUGGUUUCAACAAGAUGGUGGGCGGGUCACCAUCACUCGGGAAUUCUGGAGCGGCCCGAGAGUCCUCCCAGAUGGAUGUAGACUUGCUUUGGCACUCACUGAGUUGUGCAGUGAAAGAGGCAUCGGAAGGGUUUACGUCCUCGCACGCCAUCCUGACCCUGCCAAUAUCCACCGGGAAAGAGAGCGUUCCAGAGCGGCCAUGCGCUUUCAAGAAGUGCCAGAGCUCUGUUACGUCCCAGAGCUAUGGACUGCUGAGGAAAUUGAAGCCUGGCCGAACUUGAAGCCCAUCGAGCAGCUUAGUCGUCUCUGUGCGCGGAACUGGGUGGUGGAUCGACUCACCGUGCUUCCAAUUGACGUGCAACUCGUCGAAAAGGCUCCGAAGACGUUAUUCUUACAAGCCGGAACGACCGCGACAGUAACUCUGUACAUCCACACACAACUAUACGCUGGGCUCACCAAGGACAUGAGGAAAAUGUGCAACAAGGAGCCAGAGUUCACAAGCAACUUCGACAGAGACAGGGUGACUGGAUGCCAUUACAUGAUUAAGAACAACAGCUUACAAAGUCUGAAGUCGUUCCGGGUUGACACUGGCGAAGCCCUGCUGGAUCAAUUCGAGAAAUGGCACCGAGAAGCAUUUGAGAAUGGAAAUGAGCUCGUUAUGACAUUCGAAACCCUGAUGAAUUUCAUGAUCGAUGCUGGUCUUAGCGCUGUUAGUGACGGACAUGCGUACGGUGAACAAGGGGAGGUUGAAGAGGAGGAAGACUCAUAA